CAGGAGAAUUGAGAGGAAACUAAAAUGGAGAAGGGUAUCCAAGGGAACAUAAAUCUGAGGAGAAAUGGCGAAGAAGAAGAAGCUGUGGAUUUGAGCGGUAAGGUGCACCUGCUUCCCUGCUGCAUUAAGUUCAAUGGCCCUUGUGAUGUCUCAAACUACUUCAAACCCAAACCCACCGGAAUGGAGUCCGAGGGUUUGAAGACGCAGGAGGCUUAUUUCCGGGGAAGGAAGCUGCAGGGAGCUUGUGUUUCUAUCCCUGAUGGCUAUUCUGGAUUUGUUCUUGGGAAGAAGAGUCUUGACAAGAGAAAUGCUUCUCAUAGAUCUGAUGGGAAUUCAAACUGUUGGGAGAUAAAUGCCAAAUAUAAAAGCAUUACAUAUUGGAAUCAUGACAGCGUUCCUUCGCAGGAUGAUGCCUUGUUGCGUUCUUUCCAUUGGCUUUCUGUAGCAAAGACUAUGCAUGAACCAGUAACCGCAGAGGAUUUGGUUUCUGCAUCCGCUGCUCUGGAAAAGUUGAACUGAUUAAGACAUUUAAGAAGCAUUGUAGCUCUGGGUACAUCUAGAAACCUUUGACUUUGAAUGCUUGUGCAACCUGUAUUGAUAUAUCUGAAUGAUAUUCUAUAUAUUGCGAAUGGAAGUUAUGUGAACUUCCUUCUCCCCAAACUUAGGAUUUUAUUGUUUUUUUUGUAGCUAUAAUUACCAAAUUACUUCCGACAUACUAGACAAUCAUAAAAACAUUAAAAAUUGUAGUUCAGUAUUCCUGAUA